AUGCAUUUUAUCUCAACCCUCCUGCCCACCCUGGGCCUGCUAGCCCAUGUCUCUUCCGCCGCAUACACCUUGCGUGAUGACUAUGGCACCUCGGACUCGUUUUUCGACAGGUUCAAAUUCUUCACCGACCGCGACCCAACCAAUGGCUACGUGAGCUACGUUGACCGCAACACCGCCUCAGCCAACGGUCUCAUCAACACAGGCAAUGGCGUCUACAUCGGUGUCGACCACUCCACCACCGCCACCAAUCCAGGUCGCAAGAGUGUCCGCCUAGAAAGCACCACCACCUACCGACACGGUCUUGUCAUUCUCGAUCUGGCCCAUAUGCCUGGCAGUGUAUGCGGCAGCUGGCCAGCCUUCUGGAUGCUCGGUCCCAACUGGCCCAACAACGGCGAAAUUGACAUAAUCGAAGGCGUAAACGAACAAACCCAAAACCAAGUAGCCCUGCACACCUCCAACGGCUGCACAAUCAACAAUGGCGGUUUCACCGGCGUCCUCGAAGCACCAAACUGCUACGUCCAAGCACCAAACCAAUCCCCAAACAGCGGUUGCACAAUCCGCAGCGAAAACACCCAGUCCUACGGCACGGGCUUUAACAACGUCGGCGGCGGUGUCUACGCAACAGAAUGGACCGGGUCCGCUAUCUCAGUUUGGUUCUUCCCUUCCUACGCCGUGCCUGGCGAUAUCACAUCUGGAAAUCCUAACCCCGGUGCGUGGGGAAUGCCCAUGGCUCGCUUUGCGGGUGGCUGCGAUAUCGAUUCGAAAUUCAAUGAUCUGCAGAUAAUCUUCGAUAUUACGUUCUGUGGAGACUGGGCGGGUUCCGUUUGGGGUUCGUCGAGUUGCGCCAGUCGCGCGGGCUCGUGUGUUGAUUAUGUGUCGCGGAAUCCGGCUGCUUUCCAGGAGAGUUACUGGCGGGUGCGGUCGCUUAAGGUUUAUCAGGAUUUGAGUAGUCGGGGGGCUGAGACGGAGAGUGAGACUGAGGGUGCUGGGGAUGGUGCUAAGGUGGGCGUUGAGGGUGAGAUUGCUUGGGAUCCGAAGUGGUUUGAGCCGCGUUCCCCCAGGACUUUGAAGCAUCGUCGGGGUCAUCAUCGUGCUCGGCAUGGACAUGCUUAG